AUGGCCGCCGAGAAGACACUCCACGAGUUCUCCGUGCCCGCUGUCACCAACGUGGCCACUGGCCCCGCUGUUGACACGGCCGGCAAGAACUUCGAGCUACGCACCGGCCUGAUCACCAUGGUGCAGAUAGCUGCUGCCCUUCCUACUGAAUAUAAAAAUAAUUCUGAAAAUGUAAAAGCGGUGACCACGAGGGGUGGUAAGACCACUCGUGAUCCACCGAACCCUAAUGCUGAUGCAGGGAAGGACAAAGAGCAACAAGAGAUAACAAAGAAAACCCAAAAAGAUGUCAGACCAGAAGAAGAGGAAAUGGCACCAAAAGACCCAUUGGGGUACACAGACACCACGUACCUGCCAUUUCCCACAAGAAAUAGAAAACAAGUUGUGGAUGAACAAUUCACUCACUUCGUUGAGAUGAUCGAGAAGAUACAUGUAAGCAUUCCUUUGAUGGACGUUCUACAUGUACCUUAUUAUGCCAAGUACAUCCAGGAUAUCAUCAACAACAAGCGCCCACUGCCAUCCACUGAAACAAUUAAGCUGACGGAAGAGUGUAGCGCUGCUAUACUCAACCGUCUCCCGGAGAAGAGGAAGGACCCGGGGUGCCCUACAAUCACAUGCUCAAUCGGAACUCAGCGCUUUGAUCAUGCGCUGUGUGAUUUAGGUGCAAGCGUAAGUGUGAUGCCUAAAGUUGUCUUUGACCAGCUCAACUUCACUCAACUCAAGCCAACCACGAUGACUCUCCAACUGGCCGACUCAUCGGUCAGGCAUCCAACGGGAAUAGCCGAAGAUGUACCAGUACAAAUCACAGGACUGUUUGUUCCCGUGGACUUUGUGGUGCUUGAUAUUGAGUUAACCAAGGAAUCACCAUUGAUCCUUAGGAGACCCUUCUUGAGCACCGCAGGAGCACAGAUUGAUGUGAAGGAAGGAAAGAUCAGUUUACACAUCAAUGGGAAGGAGGAGAAGUUUGAGUUCAAACCAAGGCAUCAAGAGCAAUACUCAAUGAUCCGGGUUAGAUAUGGACCAAAUAAAUAG